AUCGCACAAGUAGUCCCAAUUCAUCAGAAGGGCAGCCCAACUGAUCUAGUCAAUUACUGCCUAAUUAUUCUGACUACUACUUUCAGAAAGAUGCUCGGAAUAUGCAUCAAGAAACUUCUUCAGGGCCAAGUAUCGCCUCUAGGCACUGCUCAAGGUGGCUUUAGAGAAUGCAGAAAUGCCCUUGGCCAAGCUCUUUGUCUUUCAGAGGAUUGUAAAUUGCUUCCUCACAGGAAUACUCAAGACUGA